GCUUUUAUAGAAUAGAUGGCGCUAAAUCAUUUUAAGAUUACAUAUCUGUUGUAAAGUGACAGAUAAAAUAAAAAUGGCUGAAAAUGGGUUGGGAUCUGAAAUUGGAUCUCAAGAGUAUCUUGCAACAGAAGCUAUUAAUUUAGAUUUUAUCGAGUUAGAUCAUGCAGAAUAUGCCAUACCAACUGUGGAAGAAUUACCCUCCUUAGAAAGUAUAUUAACAGAGCCUGAUUGUACGUCAUUGUCAGGAACAGACGAUGAUCUUGGAGCUGCAUCGAUUGAGAAAUUAGGUAGUAGUGAGACAACCAGUGUUGGCAGUCAUUUAUCUUUGAAUUCACUCAAUAAAUCUUCCAAAGCUUCACAGCAUCCACCGUCAGGAGCUAUUUUAAGACACGUAAUUUUAAAGGGUAUUUCUGCACAAAUUGUAUCAGCAAGUGAAAGAGUCAAUGCUGGAUUAGCAAGUGCAGUUACUGCUGGUGGAAAUAUGUUAGUAAUUGGUACUAGUCAUGGUUUAAUAUUAAGCUUUGAUUCAUCACAAACAUUACGAUGGUGUGAUCAAGAAGCCAGAUAUCAAGGAUCUGUUUCUGCAUUGUGUUUUAAUCACGAUGGAAGUAGAAUAUUGGCUGGUUUUGCUAGAGGUCUUAUUUUAAUGAUCGAUAGUAGUGAUGGAAAAGUUUUAAGAACACUUACCGAAGUUCAUCCACUUGACACGGCUGUAUUACAUGUUAAAUUUACAGAUUCUUCAAAAGUUGCACUUUGUAGCGAUAGCGGUGGAUCUGUAUUUGAAUUAAAUUUUACAAGAGUUAUGGGAGUUCGAGGCUGUGAUAGUAGAUGCUUAUUUAGUGGUUCUAGAGGUGAAGUGUGCACUUUAGAACCUUUAUUACUAAAUAAUUUACCUUCUCAUCCAUUAAAAAAUUACACAUUAGUAGCAAUGGCCACAUUAUCUAAGGUGAUUGUUGUUUGCAUACGACCCAGAAUGAGAGUUCUUCUAACACAUUCACUAUCAGGUGCUGCAAUUGCACCUCCACAACUUUCUUGGCAGUUAGUUGUAAUACAAGCAGCUGAUGCAUCUCGAGUAGUUGAUCCAGUGUUGGCUCUUGCACGGGAUGAUGUAGUACAUUUUUACCAAGUAUCUACUGAAGCUGGUACCAGAGUGAAGUUAUCUCCUCUUCGCAGAAUGUCAUUUCCAUAUACUAUAAGCAAUUUACGGUGGUUGAAUCCAAGAUCUUUAGUUGUAUUAGAUACUCAAGAAAGAUUACAUUUAUUAGAUGUAAGAACGCAAGAUAGUUUAGAAACAUUGGAUAUGAGCCGUGUUUGUAUUUCAUAUGCUUCCAGUCAUUUCAAAGGAUUAUGUACAGGUGGUAACGUUUCUAAGGCAAUGGCAUUAGCUGGUGAAAGAGCUUGUUACAAUACUGUUAUAACAUUUGGAAAUCAACUUUUGUUAUUAGGUACAAAAAGCUUACAUGCAGUAUGCAUAAGAACAUGGACAGAACGAUUGCAGCACCUAACAAUGCAGGGUCGUUUUCCAGAAGCUUUGGCCUUAGGACUUUCCUUCUAUCAAGAUAAAGGUAAAGCUGUCGUUGGUCUUAGAGGCUCGAAACAACGGCGAAAACAAAUAGUUCGAGACACAGUUUGUCAGGUCUUGAUUCAAUAUAUGGAACAAUUGAAUCAUUCCUCUAUGACUGAUAAUACAGAAUUUGAUAUAGUCAGUAUUUGUGUGGAUUACUGUAUACAAUUGGAAAAUACAGAAUUAUUAUUUGGACGAUUAUGGGAUUUGGUAUCUGAAACCGAAGGGCUCAAAUCAAGUUAUUUGUGCGCUCUUGAAAGUCCAUUGCUGAAUGGAAGUCUCAAUCCAAGAUUACCGCCUUUAAUAGUUCAACAAUUAUUUAUCUUGUAUGAUCAAGAAGGGAAAGUGGAUUCGCUUCAAACAAUUGCCGUUUUAUUAGAUAUAGAUUGCUUAGAUAUUCAUCAGAUAACAACUAUUUGUCGCCGAAGAAGUUUAUGGGAAGCUCUUAUACAUCUUCAGACAGCAGCUUUAGGUGAUUUUACAGCACCUAUACACCAGCUUGUGCCUAUUCUUCAAAAUGCAUUGACAAAUACCAAAGAAUCAUUAUCUCGAGAUAUUCUACAACUUGGUAAUGCACUUUUGGUUUAUGCUAGUUGUUGUCUUGCGGGACGCGGUUUCCCUAGAGAUACACUUCCUGAGGUUAUGUCACAGAGGGCAAAAACAGAUAUAUUGAGAGCACUUCUCUCUCAACAUUCCAGUCUAGCAAGUGAUGCAGAAAGACAAUAUCCUUAUUUGAGGACGCUGCUUCGUUUUGACGCAAAAGGUUUUUUAGAUGUAAUCGCCAUUGCCUUUCAAGAACCAGAAUUUACCUCUGAAAUGGGUCUUAGACAACGACAAAGACUCAUAGAUAUUUUAUUGAGCAUUGUUCUACCCAGUACACCUCUUACUCCAAUGAAUUCAGAUUAUAUUACGGAUGAACAAAGGACUUUAGUUCUAAUAUUUAUAGUAAAUGAAGCAGCAGGAGAUACAAUUAAUUUGGAACCAAAUAUGUUAAUUAGAAUAGUAGAAGUAUUAUGCGAUUGCUCAUCUGUUGUCACAUCUAGGGAUCUUAAAUCUGAAAAAGAGAAUGCAGUGUUAGGACUAUUAAACUCAAAGAAAUUGCGCAACAUAUCAGACACUACUUUAUUGAAUCUUGCACAGAAAGCUAACUUUAUGCGAGUCGCAGAGUUGCUGUAUACUGCCAGAGAGGAUUGGGUAGCAGUUUGCAAGUGCAUGAUACUUGAUCCUACUAGACAUUGUGAUAUCUGGCCUUGGUUGGAGCGACUUCCUGCAGCUUCAUUAUAUCCGGUCUUAGUAACUAGUGCUUCAGCUCUGGUGGCAAUAAAUGUUACACAAUUUGCUCUUAUUAUUGCGAAUCGAGUGCAAAAUAAAAUUCCUGAAAUUCUCAAAAAAUUUGAUGGUACUAUAAGUUUAGAAUAUGCUCUCCUAGGAGCUCUAUAUCAACUCAGUCAAUAUAAGGAAGAAGAAACUAGUCCAGAAUUGUCAACUGAACUUCUGGAAAAAUAUUUAACACUGAUGUGUAAGAUAGAACCAGAAAAUGUAGUCAAUCAUAUAAAUGGACCACAUGGUUGUAGAUUAGAUGAAGCAUUAAAAAUAGUAAAACAAUCAAAUCAUAUAGAUGCUGAAGCAGUAAUGCUUGAAAAAUUAGGAAAUUAUCAAGAAGCUUUUGAUCUUUUGUUAAAUCAAUUUAAAAAUCACUUAAAUAUGUAUUGUAAGGACAAAGUUUUUGAGAAAGAAGCUAUUAUUACUGCAAUGCAAUUAGCAGGGAUGUGCAGGAGAUCUGCUGGAAGCUUGAGUUGGAUGCCACUUGUAGAAGUUGUAUUGAAAACUCAUUCAGACAGUAUCAAUGAAAAUGUUGAGAAAUUGAGUGGAAAUUUGUUAAAAAUUAUAUUAGAAUCACUUAGUGGUACAACAGCACUAUCAACUGUACUAGAACAAAUUUUAAAACAUCCACUAUCAAAAAGUGGAACGAUAGGUGAUAUACGUCAGUUACUCGAGGGAGUACUAACUCACUCUCAGUAUGAACAGACUCUGGUUGAAACUACUGCACGAUUGGUUAGCUUAGAACUCCAUAAGGCAUUGAAAACAUCUUUGAGAGAUGCAGGAAAAGCUUGUGCAAGCAUUUCCCUUAUUUGUCCUAUAUGUAGACAAAUUCUAUGCCAAAGUACGAAUUACGUAGCAAUUUUUGAAUGUGGACAUGGAUAUCAUUUAGACUGUUUGGGAGAACCCAGAUCUUGUUAUAAAUGUUUGAAUGCCAAAGGAUGGGCACCUGUUGUUACUAAUAUUAUACGGACCAGUAAUUCACAUCUGGAAAGAAAACAGAUUUUGCCACCAGAAUUUAUGCGUACUAAAAACUUCUCUUUAAGUCUUGCACCACCGACUUCUGUUCCUGAUCUUGAAGGCAUUUUUUAAUAUAAA